UUGAGAGUGAGAUAAAACCACACUCAAUGGCCCAAGUUUCAAAUUUUCGUCACCUCCUCUUCCUCCACCCUUCCAAACCCACCAUCUCCACUUCCCGUUUCCGUUUCCUCUCAACCCUCGUCGCCGCCUCCUUCUCUAAACGACACCGUUCCGUCCCUCCUCUUCAAAUCCGCCGCAGACACACCGCGCCAAUGGAACAACCACCGGAAGACACCGCCUCCGCCGCCGGUUUCAACAAGAGAAGAGCUGAGGGCAGAGACAAGGGUGAUUUCCCGAAGAAGAAUCUUCAACACAAAGUUCGCAAGCUCAACCCCAUCAACACCAUUUCUUAUCUACAGAUAUUGGGAACUGGAUUGGAUACUCAAGAUACAUCACCUUCUGUCCUGCUUUUCUUUGACAAACAAAGAUUUAUUUUUAAUGCUGGGGAGGGACUGCAAAGGUUUUGCACGGAGCAUAAGAUAAAGUUAUCAAAAAUAGACCACAUAUUUCUUUCUCGUGUCUGUUCGGAGACUGCGGGUGGGCUUCCAGGUUUAUUGCUUACUUUGGCUGGAACGGGAGAUGUGGGAAUGUCUGUCAAUGUAUGGGGCCCUUCAGAUCUUAAGUAUUUAGUAGAUGCCAUGAAAUCAUUUGUUCCCAAUGCUGCCAUGGUUCACACAAAGAGCUUUGGGCCCACCUUAACCACAGAUGAGUCCACUGUGCAGUCUCAAAGUAAGGUUUUGGACCCCCUUGUUCUUGUUGAUGAUGAGGUGGUCAAAAUAUCGGCUAUUAUCCUACAAUCAAACCGCUCGGAAGGCCAGCUCCUGAGGCCUUCACCGAAGACCCUUGACUCCCCUGAUGGCAAAAAGCAGCCAGAUGCAAAGCCUGGUGAUAUGUCUGUAGUAUAUGUUAUUGAACUGCCUGAGAUCAAGGGGAAGUUUGAUCCAGAGAAAGCUAAGGCCCUUGGCCUCAGACCUGGGCCAAAGUAUCGUGAACUUCAACUUGGAAAUUCAGUAAAAUCUGAUCGCCAAAAAAUUAUGGUUCAUCCAAGCGAUGUCAUGGGCCCUUCUGUUCCUGGUCCUAUUGUACUCCUUGUUGAUUGCCCAGCAGAAUCUUAUUUGGAGGCAUUAUUGUCUGUACAGUCACUUGAUAGUUAUGGUGAUCAAGUGGGCAGCAUGCCAGAUGCUGGUAAGAGUGUCACAUGUGUAGUUCACUUAACUCCUGCAUCUGUUGUAAGUUGUUCAAGUUAUCAAAAAUGGAUGAAGAAAUUUGGUUCUGCACAGCAUAUCAUGGCUGGACAUGAAAAGAAGAAUGUAGCAGUUCCUAUUUUGAAAGCUAGUGCAAGAAUUACAACUCGACUUAAUUACUUGUGUCCUCAGUUCUUUCCGGCUCCAGGAUUUUGGUCUCUUCCAGAUCAGAAUCGCUCAAAAUUGGGCUCUCUUUCUUCAAGUGAGGAUUCCUUUUCAGAACUUUCUGGAGUAAUUUCUGCUGAAAAUCUUCUCAAGUUUACUUUGCGUCCUUACGCUAAUCUUGGGUUGGACCGGUCUUGUAUUCCAACUAAGGUGGCUUUCUCAGAAGUCAUUGAUGACUUACUGUCAGAGAUUCCAGAGGUUGUUGAAGCAGCUCAUCGUGUAAGUCAGCUCUGGCAAGAAUCCAGUCAGACAAAGGAGGCUUUAAUUCCUGUGGCUGACCGCGAGAUGAUGAUUGAGGAACCAUGGCUGCAUGAACAUGGUAUUCCUGCUUGUUUGGAAAAUAUAAGGAGAGAUGACUUGGAAAUAGUUCUUCUUGGAACUGGUUCAUCCCAGCCAUCCAAGUACCGAAAUGUGAGCUCAAUAUAUAUUAAUCUUUUCUCAAAAGGUGGUUUGCUAUUGGAUUGUGGUGAAGGAACCUUGGGACAACUUAAAAGAAGAUAUGGUGUAAGUGGUGCGGAUGAUGCUGUGAGAGCAUUAAGCUGCAUUUGGAUAUCUCAUAUUCAUGCUGAUCACCAUAGUGGCUUAGCUAGGAUUCUUGCUCUACGCCGUGAUUUGCUAAAGGGGUUACCUCAUGAACCAAUGCUUGUUGUAGGACCAAAGCAACUUAAGAGAUAUUUAUUGGCAUAUCAAAGACUCGAAGAUUUAGAUAUGUUGUUCCUUGACUGCAAGCACACCACAGCAGCUUCAUUGGAAGCUUUUGACGACGGCUUCCAAGGAAUUCCAGUUAAUUCUCAGGAUAUGAACAACGAUGAUUCGGAGGUAAUUGCCUCAAAAGUUGAUUCAACCUUGUUUGCUAGAGGAUCUCGAAUGGAAAGCUUUUGGAAAAGACCAGGUGUUGACACAGAUGUAGUCCUAAAGAAAUUGAAGGAGGUAAUCAAGGAAGCAGGUCUCAGUGCCUUGAUUAGCUUCCCCGUUAUACAUUGCCCACAGGCAUUUGGUGUUGUUCUAACAGCAGAAGAAAGGACUAAUAGUGUUGGAAAAGUGAUACCUGGUUGGAAGCUUGUAUAUUCUGGUGACACAAGGCCCUGCCCCGAGCUAGUAGAAGCAUCUCAAGGUGCAACAGUUCUUAUACAUGAGGCAACUUUUGAGGAUGCUUUGGUAGAUGAGGCUUUAGCAAGAAACCAUAGCACCACAAAUGAAGCCAUAGAAAUGGGAAACUCUGCUAAUGCAUAUCGAAUCAUACUUACUCAUUUCAGCCAACGAUAUCCUAAAAUCCCUGUGUUGGAUGAAACACACAUGCAUAAAACGUGUGUUGCAUUUGACAUGAUGAGUAUCAAUAUAGCAGAUUUGCCCGUGCUUCCCAAGGUUCUUCCAUAUUUGAAAUUGCUUUUCAGAAAUGAAAUGAUAGUUGACGAAUCAGAUGAUGUAGUAGAUGCUGUUACUUCAGCUUCUUAACAAAACAAAUGACUCAAUUGUGCUAUUGAUUUUUGUAUUGGAUAUUAACUUUACUAUGUUAAGCAAUGCAAAUAUAGGAGCACUUAUCCUUGGAUUGCC